AUGUAUAAUAUCAUGUCUUUAUCAAGAACUACAAACAUAACGAAUGAGGAAGACAGAAUGAAUUUAUAUCCUCAGCCAGCAGAUACGCAACUACCAGCAACACCAAAUCCUCUACGGAUUGUAAGAGAUACUCGAGCGAGGAAAGAUCUUAUUCAAAGAGAAGUAUUAAUUGAAAAAGACCACACUGAUCACUAUAUCUCUUCAACAACAUUUCCGAUCCAAGCUAUUGGCAUUAAUGUAACAGAAACCCUUGAUUUGGAACAGCAACCACAGAGCAUUACUAUUGAUCCAGAAAUUCCCUCUUUGAAACAAAAUGUUGUUUUCCUGAGAGAUGAAUCAUUUCCAAAAUCUUUGCCAUCUCUCAAUAUGAAUCAACAUUAUUUGUUGUAUCAGGAUUAUGUAGAGGGAGCAUUGCAGAAUGGAAAGAGACGAAAUUCGGACCAUGUUCCUCAUGUUUUUCAAACAUUGGGAGAGUGUCGAUUUGAAUUCCCAGCACAACAUGAAAUUGUCAAGAAUAAUUCAUCUACAACCUGUCAACGAGAAGAAACAGAAAAUUUUCCAUCACCUUUUUCCAAUGAUCUCUUAUCACGAAAGCGAGGUUCAACUCUCCCACCGUCGUUUGCGUCGAAAACUCACCGACGACGCCCCCUUUUCAACUCUUCACAAACCAUUUUUCAACAGGUAAUCAUGCAUGAUGACUUACUUUUUGUGGUGACAGAAUUUCUAACUUGGCGAGAUUUACUUGCCCUUACUCAUACAUGCAGCCAAUUAUUUAACUUGGGUGCAACUCUUCCUUACAUUUGGAAAAAUUGUUUAUACUCCUUUAAAGUCAAACUCGAAUUUGAGGAACAGCGACUACACCAAGAACUGCUGGAGAAGGCGGAACUUGCCACCAUCUCUUAUUGCCAUUUUGAAACGUUUAGAGAAGUGUAUGAAGCUGUAGCAGUACCAGCAGAAAAUAAGAGCGUGAAAUGUUUUGAACAAAUGCACGAUAUAAUGUAUUUGGAAGGACGGCAAUUUUUCAAAAAGCUUUCUGAGGAAUCAAAAGCUCGAUGGGACAAAGCUGAGCAAUUUUUUUCACACACUUCCCCUAGAAGUACUGCUCUUUCAACUCUAACUUCCUCUAACUGCAAUGAUAUUCUACCUGACCUUUUACAACCAUUUUCUUCAUCUUUUAUUACAAUUUCUAACGACUCCUUAACGAAUAACGAAGAAUUGAGUCCCUUCUUAUUCUCUCCCCAGAUACCUGAAGCUUUGUACUAUGAAUUAUACAAAGAAAAGAUGCCACUGGAUUGGAAAGGCCUUAUGCGAUACUUUUACAGCCCUCAAUCAUUUUACGAUGCAUGUUUGGCUGAUUUCUCCAAGCUGAGAAAAGUUCUAGAAUUUUUUCAACUUUCUUUCAAGCCCUAUCCAGAAUUACUCAUCUUGCAUACUUUUUAUUUGAAUUACAAUGAAAAUGCCAAUCCAAAAGCUUUCACUUCAUCGACACGAGCAUUUGUUGGAUGGUCCUUUUUCUUUGGAAAGUUCUUGGAAAGCAAUUUGCAUUUAAUACAACAACGAAAUCAGAAUUUACAGAAACGUGACGAACUGGAACGACUUGUUCUUCCAUUUAUUUUGAAAAAGUUUUCUAGAGACUUUUUGCAAUUUACCUCCUCAAGUCAAUGA